UCACGCAUUGGAAUACUUGAGUUCGUACUCAGCCAUGUAUCAUGAAACUUUAAUACCGCUUGCGUAGACGAAUAUUCAUCAAUUUCUGACUCUCUUCCGUUUUUUCUUAGACAUUUUUUUUACUUUAAAGUUAACGGUUUGGUGUUCUGUGAGGAUUAUCAAUUGCAAUGUUGGCAUGAACGAUUAAAACAUGUUUUGCUCUAAACUUUACAAACAUAUGCAAACCAUCAGCCAUAAAAGCCACUCUGCGGUUGUUUUGUACGUUUAUCAUCAUGUAUAAUCUCAGUGGAGAUUACCAGGUAUUAUUUUGAUAAUUUCUGUUUUGAGUUAUCGUCAUUUCAACAUCAUAUGAAUCAUUGCAUGUCGAAGGUUUUUAUUACUUUUCUAUGACUUUUAGAAUUUCGCUUUCCACAUAUGACUUCUCACACAUUAUCGUACGCGAAAAUGUUGCUCGAACCAUUUUUUAGCUUAAGCGACGUUAUCAUUUUCGCAGAUUUUUUUUGCUUUUAGCUGCUUCUUGUAAAGUCUCAUACAGCCAAUAUAUAGAUAUAUAUAGAUAUGUCUUAAAGAAAGAUAAGCAUCACACCUGCAUAUGUGAUCGUCAUAAAUAGACAUGGAUGUAGCUGCAAAUAUCAGCCUGCAGUUUAAUAGAAAAGCUCUUAACCAUUCAGAUCUUUUUAUUGUAUAUAUGGCACAUAUUCUUCGUUGUUGUUAGCUGUUAGAUAUUAUACGUUAUAGGAUUUCUUUUGUGUCCAUUUAUUCAUUAUAUUUAUGUACACAAUUAAGGUGUGGCAAAAAUCAAUACGACCAAAUAAUUGCAUAACACUGUAUAUGUAUUGCACAAUGCAUACCAUAAAUGAAUAAAAAAAGUAAUGGGAAAUACAGCAGAAUAGAACACGAAAAAUUUUUGCACCGUUUUUCUUCUUAUAUGUAGAGGAAAGAAUUCUGAAAAGGAAAUAGUCUUUAAAAAAAAUACAGUUGUGCAGAUUAAGGGAGAAACACUACUUGGAAUUGAUGAUGAAAAAUCGAAGAGUUUUGAGUUUCAGUCUAUCUUGACCACGGAAUUCAUGGUCGUAUUUUGGUCUUGAUCAAACGAGCGAAGUCUAGAAUUCUAUAUUUUAAAUGAAAAGGAAACGAGUUCGGGAUAUGAAAGUGUUGGUCCUGCUGUUAUCAUUACCAUUGUUCGGGGCGCAGAAUUUAGAGACAAACGAAUAUGAUGAUGAUGAUGAUGAUAACGAAUUCUACAUCAACAAGGAUGGUGAUCUAAUCUUGGGCGGCCUGUUUUCUCUACAUCUUCGUGGCGAUAAAGAAAACAGCUGUGGAAUGUUCGAGAGCAUGCCGGGAUAUCAAAUGUUGCAGUCCAUGUUAUACGCCAUCGAUAAAAUCAAUAACGACACCAAUAUUCUUCCUAACGUCACGCUGGGUGCUAGGAUCUAUGAUAGUUGCUAUAGUCAGGUCAUUGGAGCUGAUAUGACGAAGGAGUUGAUAAUCAUGACCUUGAUGGAACAAGAGAACGAACAACUUGUUGGAGUAAUCGGCGCCCACUCUAGCGAUCUCUCUAAGGUGGUGGCGGAUUUUUUACGAGUGUUUGAGAUCCCACAGAUAAGCUACGGCUCGUCGGCUUCUGUUUUAAGUGACAAGACCGUCUACAGUUACUUUUUCAGGACCGUUCCACCUGAUACACAACAAGUUCUUGCGAUGAUUGACAUUAUGAUUGCAUUCAAUUGGAACUACGUUAUCGUUAUCAGUUCAGAUGGUUUGUACGGAGAAACGGGUGCGGAGGAGUUCGUUAAAGCUGCUAAGAAACGCGGUAUAUGCAUUGCACUGCAAUUAAAACUCCCUGCGUUCCCGUCACCAAAGGAGUAUGAUGAUCUAACGCAAAAAUUGAAUUCGGAGCCUGAGGUGAGAGUAGUCGUGACGUUUGUUAACGUACGGGACAUUCGCUCCGUUCUUGAAGCGUUGCAUCGAAAUAAUAUCACGAAGCAAUUUAUUUGGAUAGGCAGUGACGGCUGGGCGAAUAACUUGAACGCUAUUGAAAAUUACGAAGAUUAUGUCCAAGGGGCGAUAACUCUCUCUCAACAUGUCACGCCAGUCGUUGGCUUUCGUGAAUAUUUUCAAAAGUUAAAUGUUUAUGAAGAAUCAAACUGGAACAAUACAUGGCUUCAGGAAUACUGGCAAACUUAUUUUCAUUGUCGACUGAGAAACCGUUAUGCACCGUUUUCUCGAAAUUGCACUGGUAAUGAAAGUCUAGCGUCCAGUCCAGUGGCAUUGGCUCCGGUUCAAACAGUCGUUAAUGCUGUUUACGCUUUUGCACAUGCGCUGCACAAUUAUCUCAAGAAUCGUUGCCUUGGCAAUAGUUGCGAGCGUGUGUCGAUAGACCGAACGAUAUUGCUUGAUUAUCUGCAGAACGUCUCGUUCAAUGAUGUAGCCACUGGUAAGAAAUUCGAAUUCAAUGAUAAUCAAGAGGUAUGUCGAGGUUAUUCCAUUCAUAAUAUUCAAAAACGCGAGGGAAAAUUUGUGUAUGAACACGUUGGGAAUUGGAGCAAAGUAGGAAAAGGGCUUCACUUGAAUUUAACGUCUAUAAAAUGGCCGAAUGAUUCGAGAAGUCCACCUGUUUCCGUCUGCAGUCAUCCCUGCAAGAACGGUUAUUUUCGACAAAAGAAAGGUAGCCAUGACAUUGCGUGUUGCUGGAAUUGUCUUCAAUGCAAGUCUCACGAAAUAGUCAAGAGCAGCAACGAGUCAUGCGCGUCAUGUCCUUUCGGUGAGGUGCCUAAUAAUAACCAAUCAGAUUGCAUUGAGCUGCCAUACGUCACGGCUUUAUCCCAAGGUUCUUCUCAAGCUAUACUAUCUGUAUCGAUGAUUGGCCUAUUUCUAGUCACGUGUACAGCCGUUAUAUUUUUUUCAAACGGUAACAUGCCCCUCAUCAAGGCAUCUAGUCGGGAGUUAUCUGGAAUUAUCCUUGUCGGUCUCGCGUUCAUGUUUGUGUUUCCAUGGUUUUUAUUCGCGGAACCGACUACAGCCUUAUGUAUUUGUCAGCCACUCAUACUUGGCUUCUCUUUGUCUGCAUGCUACGCUCCGCUGUUCAUGAAACUCUUGCGUAUAUAUCGUAUUUUCAAGGCAGCACAACAAUCUGCUGAAAAGCCCAUCCUUAUUAGUCCAUCGUCACAAGUGCUGAUUUCUCUUGGCUUGAUCGUUGUCCAAGUUUUAUUUUCAUGCAUAUCAUUCUUUCCCAGUCCACCGAAACCCGUUUUUCGUGUAAUACACAACGGUCAUUCGUUGUUUGUGGAAUGCUCUACGGAAAAAGAUAUCUUCGCCACGCUGCUUUCGUACAACAUGUUUUUGAUGCUUUUGUGCACACUCAUGGCCUUCAAGACGCGAAAAUUUCCACGUAAUUUCAACGAAGCAAAGUUCAUCGGGUUUACGAUGUAUUUUACUUGUUUUGUGUGGAUAAUAUUCUUUCCCUCUUACCUGAGCUCUGCUAAUGGCUUGGAUCGGAUUAUCUGGGAGAGUGGAGCCGUUAAUAUGAUUGGAUGGAUCACUCUCUUCGGCUUAUUUGGGCCUAAGAUAUUUCAUCUGGUGCUACGUAAUCACUUGUCGUCGAGCAAUCGAGAAACAGCCCUGACUACUAAUAGUGUUUCUCAAGCAGCCGUUGUCACUGUAAGCACGGACACGUCAAAAAACAUUCUAGAAAAAGUCAAAGCAGAAGUUGAAAACAAAUCCAGCAAAGACUCAACUGAUGACAAGAAUGAGCACGACGACCAAAUAACACCUUUUUAAUUCUAUAAAGUUCUUUUUACAACUGCAGAGUCAAUAGUAAUCCAGUAUCUCCAUGAUUUCUGUCAAUGGUCGUUUUAUUUUUUCUUCAUGACAAAGUCUUGAAUACUGACCACCCAUUCUUGUUUUGACGACACACAUUACCUUUAAAUCUUUGUCGGUCGUUGUUCAAACUAUUCAUUUAUUUCUUCAAUCAUUUUGCAAGGCUUUCACUUAUGUUUGACUAUGCUUGUUGCGCUAUGAUUGACAAUGAUUGGUUGACUAAACAUCAACUUUACUCAAUGGCAAUGUUUUUUUUCACGUUGAAAUUUCAUUGUAUUCCUGUAUUAUAUAUCGAGCAGCUUAUUCAGUAGCUGUGUUUUUUACUUCUUAUUAAAGUUUAAGUCUUGUUGUUGUAAAA